GUACAUAAAAUUGCUACACUUUAACUUUGAUUGAAUUAAUUAUGUAAAUUAUUAAAUUAUUGAACUUCCGUGUUGCCUCGUUUUGAAAAGUAGGACGGCACGCGAGGAUUAGGUGACACUUUCGUUUUGAAGGUCGUAAAUGAAAGUGAAAGUAGAACCAAAACGGCAAAAGGAUGAUCAUUAUUGUUAUGGGAGUUAGUGGCUGCGGAAAGACUACCAUUGGGUCAAGGCUGGCCAAAAAACUCGGAUGGCAGUUUGCUGAUGCUGAUGAAUUCCAUUCUGAAGAGAACAAGAUUAAAAUGUCUGCUGGCCAGCCAUUGACAGAUCAGGAUAGGUUGCCUUGGUUACAGUCAAUCCACAACUUUGUAAGAAGGUUAUCUCAGAAUAAUCAGUCUGGUGUGGUCACAUGCUCAGCUUUGAAGAAAGUUUACAGAAAUGUUCUGAGAAAUGGCUACAGUCCCUUGCUACAUUCUGAAAUUGAACAUGUAACUGAAAAACCAGAUAUGGAAACUGCCAAAGAGCAUAAUGAGCAUCAGAAGGACUCAGAAUUGUAUAAUACACAGGAAGUAGAUAUUGUGUUUAUUCAUUUGACUGGUUCUAGAGAUGUUCUUGAAACUCGAUUGGUCAAUAGACUUGGCCAUUUUAUGCCAGCAAAAUUGUUACAGUCGCAGUUGGACACACUAGAGAACUUGGACAAACAGGAGAAAGGGUUUAAUAUAGACAUUGAUAACACUGAAGAGAAUAUAACAAAAGAAAUCAUUGGUAAAAUAGGUGUUUGACCAUUUUUACCAUUUAGAUCAGAUUUUGACAUGGUAUUUUUGGUAUAAUCGGUUACAGUUUAAAUGCUGAGGCUCAAGUAGUAUUUAUUCUAGUCAUGUGUGUGUCCAACUUGAGCAGUGCAAAGCUUAAACUCAAGACAUUUUGUUUUGAUUUAAUGUCUUUUUUUGGCAAGGAUUUACAAUGAAUAUAAAUAUAUUGGUCAAUUAUG